AAAAAGGGGCGGACAUUGCAGCUUUUUCUUCCGGCUGCAGUUUAAUCUUUUUAGAUCUCACCGGCCCGACCUCAGGAGCACACGUGAAAAAGAAUCUUUCGUGAAUUAAGCGGGUGAAGUGUGAGUUUGCACGGCGCUUGUCCAAUGUAUGGGCUCGGAGUGCGGAGUGUGUGUCUGCAGACACUGUCAUUGCAGGUCUGUCUUACCCUGAGGGAUCACUGGAUACAGUUUUGGAAGCUGAGAAGUCACAGGUACUACACCGCGAAUACAUCAAAGAAAGCUGUCAUUGCAGCCAAACAUCCUUUUGAGGCAGAGCUCCAAGCAGCGAAGGUCUACUCUUGGUGUGCUUGUGGACAUAGCAAAAAACAGCCUUUCUGCGAUGGGAGCCACAGGUCUAUCCCCUCAGCUCCCACUCCACUGACAUUCAAACUGCAAGAGGCGAAGAAGGUAUGGUUGUGUGGCUGCAAACACUCCAAGAGUCCUCCAUACUGCGAUGGCACUCACAAAGAGAGUUGGAUUCAACAGGCUGAUGUCCUGACAAGCCCCCUUUAGAGAUGCCUGAUCGCCCUGCAUCACAAUGGGGUCAUGCAAGCAACUUACCUAAACUGCAACAAAAAGAUAUAUUCAUUUGCUGUAAUUCAUCUUGUCUUGGGAAGCAGUUAAGGUCAGGAAUUUCUGACUGAUGUUAAUUUGUGGAAAUCCAAGUUAAAAUUAGCAAUUAUUCGGGGUGAUCAGGGAGAAAUGUCCAAAUAAAAAAGAUGAAAAAUUUUCAGUAAAGAAAAUAACAAAGUCAAUCACUCCAUAAGAAUUUUGCUAUUAUGCUUCAAAUCUUCUUUCUAUCUUGGUAAUAUGCUUCUAAGCAUAUUUUAAAAAGGACAGAACACUGUCUCCUGCAGGUAUUUGUUCUAUCUUGCGUUGAAAGUGCAGUAAUCUAGUUCACAAACGCAUAAUGGAGCACAUUAAAAUUCAUUCAGCAAUGUUUGCAGUUCAUGUGAAACACUGGAUACUGGGUCUUUGACAGAACCCUGUGCUGUAUCUUCACUUUCAAUAGUUUACAACUUUCCUCGUAACCAUAUCUGUGGGAUCUCCUCCAGUGAUCGCCUCAUAGUUGUGACUGCAGGAGAUGAAGAAAACCUUCCAAUCUUGCAAAUCUUCAGAGAUCACACACUGGAAAGGGUCAAAACGAUUAAUUUUCUGGAGGGAAAUUGUAUUCCCUCUUCCCCCAGUAUAUUCAUUUCAACUGACCCACCCACUUUCCAAGUAACUGCUUUGUAUAAACAAGUAAGUUGGGGGGAAAAAGGCCAACCUGAUUUACCAAUCACAUAACCUUGGAGUCAUACAGCAUGGAAGCAGACCAUUCAGCCCAACCAUCCGUGCCUAUGAGGUGUUCUAAACUGAACUAAUUCAUUUGCCUGUAUUUGGACCAUA